AUGUCCGACCAGGAUUUGAAAAACGCGAUUCUCCGACUAACCGAACUGGUAGUCAACCAACAAGAGCAGAUUCAACUCCUCAAGCGAACCGGUCAAGCCAGCCAACCGGGAAGCGAGAAGAUAAUCGAAACGUUGGCCACGGGAAUUGAAGAUUUUUACUACGAUCCUGACGGUGGAGUGUUCUUCGACGCGUGGUUUGCUCGCUACGAAGAUGUCUUCAAGGUCGACGGCAAGAAUCUAGACGAUCCAGCGAAGGUGAGGCUACUCUUAAGAAAAAUCGGCACCCAGUUCCACGAGCGAUACGUAAAUGGUAUCCUGCCAAGACAUCCCCGCGAUUUUGGCCUGGACGAAACGGUGAAGAAACUUAAGAAACUUUUUGGUCAUCAAACCUCGCUGUUCAACGAUCGUUACCGUUGUCUUCAGUAUACUAAGAACGAAGCAGACGAUUUUUCAAGUUAUGCUGCCUCUGUGAACAAGCAUUGCGAAGCAUUCCAACUCACCAAGCUCACCGAUGACCAAUUCAAGGCGCUACGUUUUGUUUGCGGUCUACAAUCUCCCCGCGAUGCAGACAUCCGAACUCGAUUGAUCGGCAAAUUGGAAGCUGAUGCUCCGCCAGCAGACGGCACAAAGCUAACCUUGGAAAAUCUCGUCGAGGAGUGUCAUCGGUUCAACAAUCUAAAGCAGGACACCAAGUUGGUAGAGAAGCCCGUUCCGGAAAAAUCCGUCGUCAACGCUGUUUCCACCAAGCCUGCUAAGAAAAAACAACCGAAAUCUCCGUGCUGGUUUUGCGGUGAUUUACAUUUCACCUGGGAGGCGAUAGGCAAACCAGCCAUCAGAGAAACUGACAUAACCGCCAUCAGCGCUUCCGGAGACAAGAUUAACAUGGCUGGUGAGUUCCUUGCAGACAUAACCAUCCGAAGCGUGACAAAAGCUGGCAUUGUCUAUGUGUCAUCAAGCCCGGAUUUGAAUGUCCUUGGAAUUGAAACAAUCGAUCUAUUCCAUCUAAGGUCGAUUCCUUUCAACUCACUGGUCAAUGCUGUGCAUCAGAAGCCGGAAGACAUUGAGCAAAAACUGCGUACGAAGUUCCCGGAAGUGUUCCAGAGCACACUUGGCCGGUGUACCAAGGCAAAAGUUAAACUCUACCUGAAGCCCAACGUCCGUCCCGUGUACUGUCCCAAGAGACCAGUUGCAUAUGCUGCUCUUCCCAAGGUGGAUGCCGAACUUCAACGUCUUCAGGACAAGGGAAUUAUCUCACCAGUGAAGUUUUCCGACUGGGCAACUCCAAUAGUAGUGGUCCGUAAGUCAGACAACGUUUCCGUCCGUAUCUGUGGCGACUAUUCUACAGGGUUAAACAAUGCGCUAGAAUCAGAUGCCCAUCCGCUACCACAUCCAGAUGAUAUUUUUGCUGAUCUAGCUGGCUGCCGUUAUUUCUCCCAACUCGAUUUUUCUGAUGCGUACCUGCAAGUCGAGAUUGAAGAGGAAUCACAAAAGUAUCUGACGAUAAACACUCAUCGAGGACUGUUCAAAUACAACCGUCUGCCACCUGGAAUCAAGUCCGCUCCUGGUGCCUUCCAAAGGAUUAUUGACAGUAUGGUCGCUGGUAUUCCUGGAGUAAAACCGUAUCUAGACGAUAUCAUGAUUUCUGGUAAGACAAAAGAAGAACACAAUCGAAGCCUUCAUGAGGUCCUGGAGCGGAUCAAAACGUACGGUUUUCAUCUGAAGAUCGAAAAAUGUCGAUUUGGUCUAUCACAAAUUAAGUUCCUAGGCCAUAUCAUCGACAAAGACGGCUUACGACCUGAUCCCGCGAAGACAACCGCAAUUUCGCAAAUGCCAGCUCCAACCAACGUAUCACAGCUUCGAUCGUAUCUUGGAGCUAUCAAUUAUUAUGGGCGUUUUGUCAAGCAGAUGAAAGAGCUAAGAGCACCCAUGGAUUAUUUACUGAAACAAAACGUGAAAUGGGAAUGGACUGCGAACUGUCAGAAGUCGUUCGACAAGUUCAAAAUGCUGCUCACUUCCGACUUGUUGCUGACACACAUUUUGACCCGAACAAAGAAAUCAUCGUCGCAGACUGAUCACCAACCACUUCUUAAGGUGUUCGGGAGCAAAAAAGGAAUUCCGGUAUACACGGCUAACCGGCUUCAACGCUGGGCGCUUACGUUAAUGCUGUACGAUUUUGACAUCCAGUUUGUGCGCACUGAAGACUUUGGACACGCUGACCUCCUUUCACGACUAAUGAAAUGCCAUUCAACAACUGACGAAGAGUAUGUCAUUGCUUCUGUCCAAAUGGAAGCCGAUGUCAACACCGUUCUCAGUGAUUCUACUUCAAGUCUACCUGUGACGUCUGAAAUGGUCGCUACUGAAACAUCGAAAGAUCCUGUUCUCCAGUCGGUGGUGUUCCAUAUCAAUGAAGGAUGGCCCAAUCAUUCCAAAGCAAUUAAUGAUCCAGUUGUCCAACAAUUCUUUAUCCGCCGAGACAGUCUGCUGAUCGUCCAAGGUUGCAUCAUGUUCGGCGAUAGAGUUGUUGUGCCAAACCGCUUUCGCAAACGCAUUCUUCAGCAACUACAUCGAGGCCAUCCGGGGAUGGAGCGAAUGAAAUCCCUAGCAAGAAGUUUCGUACCCUGUGCUGAAGCUGCUAAAUCACCACGCAAGACGGACCUGGAGUCGUGGCCCAUUUCAUCGAAGCCGUGGGAACGAGUCCAUAUCGAUUAUGCUGGCCCGAUUAAUGGAUACUACUACUUUCUGGUAAUUGACGCAUAUUCAAAAUGGCCAGAAAUCUACCGCACUCGAAGCACAAACACAACGAAAACGUUGGAAAUGCUAGACGAGAUUUUUUCAAGAUUCGGCAAUCCAAAAAUUCUGGUUUCGGAUAAUGGCUCGCAAUUUGUUAGCGCCCGAUUCAAGCAAUUCUGUGAUGAAGCUGGAAUCACCCACUUAACAAUUGCGCCCUACCAUCCACAGUCUAAUGGACAGGCUGAGCGCUUUGUGGACACUUUGAAAAGAGGACUCAAGAAGUUACGAGAGAGAGGAAAUCCAGCAACUUUCCGACAUCUUCAAACUUUCCUUUCCGUUUACCGGUCCACACCCAAUCGAAGUGCUCGUGAUCAUAAGUCACCUGCAGAACUUUUUCUAGGUAGACCCCUCACUACUACACUGGAUCUUCUUAAGCCCCGAAAAUCAAGCACACCAGCUGUAAACAGUAAGCAGAAUAACCAAUUCAAUCAACACCAUGGUACCGUCAAGAGAGAGUUCUCCGCUGAUGAUUUAGUGUACGCAGAGGUUCAUCAUCACAAUUAA